AUGUCUAAAGAAACCGAUCUCAACGAAGUCGGCGCCCGUUUAGAAAAGUUGGGUGUUUCACCUCGCCCCAACACAUUCGAUGGCUCUCAUUCACCGCCCAUCGCCACCUCACACGGCCAUCUUAGCAGCGAUAUCCAAGCGCGUAUCAUGGCUUUUCAACAAAAACGCCAGAGCAACCCUGCAAUGAAAGAGACUCCUCCAACCAAACCAUUACCGCCUCUCCCUAAUGCACCCAUUCGCCCGGCUUCUCAGGGAGAUAUUUUGAACACUUCUCUUUUGGCUUCGCCGCCCCUUGAAACCUCGAACUCCACCCGAUCAGCGAAUGUCGGGCCUGGAGCAAACAAUACUCCAUCCGAGCUUUCGAAGAAGCCGUCUUUGUCACAAAGAAGAGGUAUGAAACUCAAUGUCCCCAAUCUCUCGAGCCCAUCAGCGGUGCCUGAAUCCGUCAAAAGUACUGGUGAAUUGGCGCGUCGCCUCUCGGAGAGAAAGAAUCGUCCCGAUUUCAAACUCAAGCUCAAUGAUGAUCCAUCACCCACUGCCACCGCCCCUGCUUCCGACUCAAACAGCAAAAGCGGCCAUGGAGAAGCCCCUGCAAAAUUACAAGGAUUGUUUGCUAAUUACUCGAAAUACGUGGAUAUAAAAUCGGGAUCUUUGAAUUUUACGGGCAAAGCCUCGCUCAACUCUAAAGGAGUCAACUUCUCUUCUGGCACAUCCUUUCACAUCUCGCUCGAUGAGUUUCAGUUUAUCGAGGAGUUGGGUAGAGGUAACUACGGAACCGUCUCUAAAGUUUUACACAAACCGACUGGUGUACUUAUGGCCAUGAAAGAAGUUCGCUUGGAGCUUGAAGAAAAUAAAUUCGCUCAGAUUUUGAUGGAAUUGGAAGUCUUACAUAAGUGCGAUUCGCCGUUCAUCGUCGAUUUCUACGGUGCAUUUUUCGUCGAAGGUGCUGUCUACAUGUGCAUGGAGUUCAUGGAUGGAGGCUCCUUGGAUAAGGUUUAUGGCCACGGAAUACAGGACGAGACCUGUCUUGCGUAUAUUGCAGACAGUGUCAUACGCGGUUUGAAAGUGCUCAAAGACACUCACAACAUCAUCCACAGGGACGUCAAGCCCACAAAUAUCCUAGUCAACAGUCUCGGAAAAGUUAAGUUAUGCGAUUUCGGUGUGUCAGGAAAUUUGGUGGCAUCUUUGGCGAAAACAAACAUCGGAUGCCAGUCCUACAUGGCGCCUGAAAGAAUUAAAACACUUAAACCAGACGAUGCCACAUACUCGGUGCAGUCUGAUAUCUGGUCCUUGGGCUUGACAAUUUUAGAGGUUGCUGCUGGAAGAUACCCAUAUCCUCCAGAAACAUUUGAUAACAUUUUUCUGCAGUUGAGUGCUAUAGUCGAUGGGGAUCCACCAAAGUUGGAUGAUAAACUUUACUCCAAAGAAGCACAGUUUUUCGUUAAAUCCUGUUUAAACAAGAAGCCUGAGGCCCGGCCUCCCUAUGACGCUUUGCUCGAAUCACCGUGGUUGAAAAGACAGAGCGAAAUUGCCGCCGAACUUAUGAGCGAAAUAGUGAAGAAGAGCAUGACAGAAGAAAAACGGGCAGUUAAUCCCAAGGUUGCUAAAGCUCCAGUCGUCAAGCCCAAGGAACCACUGGCUGGCUCUUUGGGCAGAGAAAGUGUCCAGAGCCUUCUUAAGAACAAGGUGAAUGCGCCAGCCUUGCAUAGAGGUGGCUUGAAAAGUCAGAGAAUACCUCGCUAG